AUGGGGCGCCCGGUGCUGCUCGCCGCUGCCGCCGCGCUGCUGCCGCUGCUGCUGCUGCUACCGUCCGGGACCGGGGCUGCCGUGACCCGCCUGCGGGUCUCCGCCAACUUCGAGUGCCGGGCCACCGCCGACAGGACGCUGAGCCGCCCCCGCUGCCGCCGCCCUUCCCGCCCCGGGCCGCCGCUGGAGCCGCCCGCGCUGUCGCUGAGCCGUGCCCGGCUGUGCCUGCCCGCGCAGCCCUGCCAGCCCUGCCUGCGGGUGCGCCUGGCCCUCCCCGCCUCAGAGCUCGGCGGUGUCCGGGGACUGCACCUCACAUUCCUGGAGCUGGGCUCCAACCGGGCUGGCUGGCUGCAGGUUUGGCAGCGACGCCGGGUGUCGGGCAGCUCAGCGUGGCAGGUGCAGUUCGACUGCUUCCCGGCAGAGAGCGGGCGGCAAGUCCUCGUCUCCCUUCGCACCAUCCCAGAUCGGGGCUUGGUCCUAAGCUCUAGCCACACGGUCACCGCUGAGCCACCCGGGCCUGUCUUUACCCAUGCUUGGCUCCCUGAGGUUCGGGCCAUUGAGGUGCGGGUGCCCGCGGGUCCCCCCCUCAUGGUGCGGCUGUGCCACCAGCUGGCCCUGGAGUGUGAGGAGCUGCCCCGGCCCUUCCACCAGCAGGUGCUGGUGCCCGGAGGCCACCACAUCUCACUGCCGUAUGAGUUCCUGGUGCCCUGCCUGUGCAUUGAGGCCUCCUAUUCCCACCACGACAGCCCACGGAGCAAACACUGCCCCUUCCAUGACCGGCCAGAUGCCUAUGGCCCCGAGCUGUGGUCCUCGGUGCACUUCCACGACUUCAGCACCAGCAGCAAGGACCAGAUGGCGAUGGUGCUGAGUGCCAGCUGCGCCCUGCACCCACGGGCCACCCUCUGCUGGAGGGAGGCAGCAGAUGAGGCUGCACCCUGUCACGACAUCCCCAAUUCCACGGCCAGCGAGGAUGAGCAGGUGUACAUACUGGACAAGGUGGACGUGCACCCCCAGCUCUGCUUCCGAUUCUCCUACAAGAACAGCAGCCAUGUGGAGUGUCCCCACCAGUCAGAGACUGCCUGGAAUGUCUCAGUGAGUGUCUGGGGGCUCCAGCUGCACCUGCACCUCACCUCCCGCAUCCCUGCAGCCUUCAGUGCAGCCCUGUGCCAGCGCCGGGGUGGGCAGUGUGAACCCGAGGCCCCACUCUACACUGUCACACAGCCAGAGGGCUCUGCUCCAGGGGAGUUGGCGCUGCUGCUGCCAGUGCAGGUCCUGGGCAGCUGUGUGCUGGUGUGGCGCUCGGACGUGCAUUUUGCUCGGAAGCAGCUGCUCUGUCCCGAUGGUGAGAGAGGGUUCUGGAGGGGACUCAGGGGGCAGUGGAAAUGGGCAGACAGCCCCCUUACUGCCCCUCUCCCAGUCUCCCGCAGGCACUUCGGGCUGCUGGGGCUGGUGCUGGCACUGGGACUGGUGGUGACUGUGCUGCUUCUCAACUGCCGUGGUGCCUGGAGGCCAAAUGAUGGUGUCCCUGGCAGGCGCCCUGUGCUGCUGCUGUACUCGCCCGACUCAGAGGAGCACCUGGGGCUGGUGUGUGCCCUGGCCGAGCGGCUGCGCACAGGGCUGGGCUGUGACGUGCGCCUGGACCUGUGGGAAGCGGGUGGCCUGGGCCAGGCGGGUGCCCUGCCCUGGCUCUACGCCCAGCGGGGCCGCGUGGGCCGCCAGCGCGGCACUGUCCUGCUCCUCUGGAGCCGGGGCAGUGCCCGGCUCUUCCAUCGGUGGCAGGUCGGGAUGGCUGACGGGACGCCUGGGGAUGCCCAUGACAUUUUUGGGGCAGCCAUGGCCUGCCUGCAUGGGGAGCUGGGGGCGGCGAGCCGCGGCGGCGGGUGGGUCCUGGCGUACUUCAGCCGGCUCUGCAGCCCCCGCGACGUCCCCCGACCCCUUCGGCCCCUGCCCACCUACCGCCUGCCCCGACAGCUGCCUGGGCUGCUGGGGGCCCUGCGGGGCAGCCCCCCGGCCCCUCGGCACUGCCGCUGGGGCAGGGCAGGGGGCCUCCUGCACCGGCUGCUGGACAUGGGGGCCAGGGAGGGCAGUCCCCCGCCCCGGCCCCCCGGGGCAGCGUCUGGCACCUGAGCGCCCAGGCUGGGCCUGAGCUGGGCAUGGCUGCAGGGGGUGCAGGGCUGGGUGCAGCCCCCCGGUGA